AUGCGGUGGUCUGUCGUAGCCCUAGCUGGCCCGCUGCUGCAGUGUGCACUACUGUCGACAGCAUCGAACCUGAACCCUCCCGUGCUUCCAUUGACCGUGAGGAACCCUUACUUUAACACCUGGCUUGCAAAUGCCCGAGACGUGCCAUGGUCCAAGUGGCCGAUAUUCUGGACCGGCGAGGAGAUCGGCUUCUCGCUGCUGGCCCAAGUUCCUAGUGCAAACACCGUAUAUCCUCUGCUUGGACGACCGCAGGAUUCACUGCCCAAGGAUGGGAAAUCUGGCUACAAAGUCGAUUACCCUACUUACAAAGGGGCUACUUAUGAUGCAUCAACCACCAACCUGACUUAUGUGCUCCCUGGAGGUGACUAUUCGGAAUUGGAACUCAUCCUAUCUUUCCUGUCUCCGAUCACGCCCACAUCGACUCUGCGGCAGUCGAUCCCCGCAUCAUAUCUGACAAUCCACGCUGCGGGUAGUGUCGACGUCAACGUGUACAUUGAUGUCAACGGUCAAUGGGUCAGCGGUGACCGCGACUCGCAACUAGCCUGGGAUUUCAGCAAUGUUAGUACCAAAGGGAGCUCAGACAAGCUCAAAAAAUGGGAAUUUACGCGUCGGAAUGAGCUCCUGGUAUCUGAGAUUCGGGAUCGAUCCGAAUGGGGAACGCUGCAUUUUGUUGCACCCAAGGAUGUUCGACAUGAAUCCGGGAUAUCGGCAGUCUUGCGUGAUAGUUUCUCUAGGUCAGGCACUCUACAUGAUAAAGUGGAUCGCCGCUUCCGAUCGAUUAUGGACGAGGAGCCGGUGUUUGCCUUUUCAAAGCACUUUGCCCUUAGCAAGUCUUCAACUGGCACCGAGUCCGUGCAGUUCACCAUCGCCCAUACCCAGGAUAUUGUUGUCCAGUAUGCUUCUUCCCGAGGCAUGACCUAUAUGCGGCCCUUGUGGAAGUCCUGGUUCCCCACGAACGACGAGCUCCUUUCCUUCCACUACUCUGACUUUUCUGACGCAAACACUCUGGCCUCAAACUACUCAGCCCAACUAACCACUGAUGCAUACAAGUCAGGGGCCGAUGACUACGUGGAUAUUGUCACGCUCUCUGCUCGCCAGGUGCUCGGUGCCACCAGCUUUUCUGGAACUGCCGAGAAUCCUCUCCUCUUCCUGAAAGAAAUAUCUUCUGAUGGCAACGUGCAGACCAUCGAUGUCAUAUACCCUGCGUUUCCCUUCUUCCUGUAUACUAGCCCCCGGUGGUUGGCAUAUCUCCUGGAACCAUUGAUUGAACAUACGCUAAGUGGGCAGUACCCGAACGCUUAUGCAAUGCACGAUCUAGGUACGCAUUUCCCUAAUGCCACUGGCCACCCGGACGGCAAGGACGAAUAUAUGCCAGUUGAAGAAUGUGGAAAUAUUCUCAUCAUGGGCCUUGCAUUGGUCAACUCGCUCCGCUACUCUGACAACAAAGAGUCUAUUUCCCCUUGGGCGACGGAGGGCCAGCUUAUUCAAGAGCAUCCUCAUGGAGGUGCACCAUUAUUCCCUCUGCUCAGUCUCCAGAAAAUAUCUGGGAUUAACAAACAGGACGGAAAAUGGGGCGGCAAAGGCCGUGGAGCAACCGAUGCUCGCAAGUGGGUGCACAGGAGUUACCAACUGUGGAAGCAGUGGACGGGCUAUCUGGUGGAAUUUUCGCUGGAGCCAGAAAACCAACUUUCUACCGAUGACUUUGCUGGAUGGCUUGCUCUCCAAACGAACCUGGCACUGAAGGGAAUUAUUGGUAUCAAUGCCAUGAGCCACAUUUCAGAGGUUGCUGGCGAAAGCAAGGAUGCUUCCCACUUCAAGAGAAUCGCGGACGACUAUGUUGAAAAAUGGGAAAAGUUUGGAAUGUCUCGUGACGGCACGCAUGCAAAGCUAGCAUAUGACUGGUAUGGAUCGUGGACAACCUUGUACAACCUUUAUGCAGACGCCCAGCUCUGUUUCCAUUUGGACGGCGCCACAUCACGCACUGGCGGCUUUGCUCAAAUGCCUCUUAAGCCCAAGCCUAAGAAGCAAGGGUUCGUGCCUCGGCACAUCUACCAGAAACAGUCAAACUGGUAUCACUACGUACGACAGAAAUACGGGCUGCCUCUCGAUAGCCGUCACCUGUACACUAAGACCGACUGGGAAUUCUUCUCCAUGGCGGUCGCCAGCGAGCAGGUACGCAGCGAGAUUCUAGAGUCUGUAGCCAGGUGGGUAAACGAGACCGAUACCGACCGCCCCUUGACCGAUUUGCACGAGACCGAGGGCAGCGGCGGAUACCCCGGCAUCUUUUUCAUUGCACGUCCUGUGAUCGGUGGCCAUUUUGCGUUUUUGGCAUUGCAGCGCGCCUGUGGAGGGAAAGCUAUGGAGGGUCUUUCGUUUUUGGACGAUGUUAGCCCAGACAUUGACCAGCUUGCUGCAUCGGCUGCUGCGGAGUUUGGUCGAAUACGUCGUCCGUCUUUGGGUGAUGAACUGUAG